AUACCAGAGUUCAAAAGAGGACAAAUUGUUGGUGCACGUCUUGCUGGAGCAUCUGUGACCAAGACAGUAAGACUAAUUAUGAAUUUUUUUUAAAAAAAUUUAAUGUACUUUUAUAUCUUUUUAUUGUUUUAAAUGUAAAUAUGGAUGCUAAGUCUGCUAAGAAAGUUUAAAUUGAAUUCUAUUGAAUUGAAAUCAGUAUAUUUUCUAGUACACUACAAGUACAUUGUGCCUAGUUAUACUCAAGUAUACUUGUUAAAAUGAACUUCAGGUAUACUUUUUGUUAAGGGACAGUACUGAGGCUGAAGGAGGCAGAGGGGUUCCUCAGCAGGUCACAUCUUUGAAACACAAGUUUAAAAAGUUCCAGGGAGGACUAACCAUCAGCACUGGAUCAGGAACAGCACCGAGGUUCUGCUCUGAAGGGUCCACCUCAGGUUUCAGUUGCUGGGUCUGGUUUUGGUCCUGAUCCAAACCUCAUGGCCACAGGUGAGGCUGGAACCAGACCACCGGUCCCAGAUAGUAGAACUCCAGCUGAGGCAGAGCCCCCUCAGCCCAGACUGGACAUUUUCAUUUCUGUCAUGAUGAUUUACAACCAAGAUGUUGGAACAACUUUCUGAGUUUGAGUUUAACCCUCAGAGAACAAACUUWGACUCUCGUCUUUCCCAGUGGAGGUUGGGCUCAACGUGUUURCUGAGGUGGUUUUAUUACAAGGUCCCUUCUCGGUUCUGCUUCCUGUUGUUUUCUGGUCUCUGUCAGGAUCACAGCUUUCUCCUGGCCUGAAAUCCUCUUAUUAGAGUGAAAAUAAAAAGGUGGCUCCAUCUCCUGAAUAAAUUUGCUCCUCUGUGGCCAAACGAACAUCGAGUCCAGACUGAUCCGUCUGAACAGCUGUCCCUUGUUUCUAUGAGCUGAAGGAUGGAGAGAAACCUGCUGCUGCUGCGCUGCAGACGCUGCCGCAGAGCCGUCCUCCAGCUGACGCCUUCAGCUACGGCUGCAGAUGAAAGUUCAGCUGAUGUUUGCACCGUUUGGCAUCUGGGCGUGGACCAGCUGCCGGCCUGGAUCCUGACCUCAGUUCAGCAGUCCCAGUGGACCUCUGGUAAACUGAGCUGCUGCAGCUGCGGCGCUCGACUGGGAGGCUUCAACUUCCUGAAUGGCUGCAAGUGUCCCUGCGGCCAGGACGCCCCGGUCCACCUCAACAAGAGCCGCCUGGAUCGGGACCAGCGCCACCGUGUCCCCAUCGUCCGGCCGAGGAGGACCAGGUCUGAGACUGCGCCUGGUCAGAGUGAGCCCAGCGGGUUUAGCUGUCCGGCGGGGUCCUCAGAUGGACCCCCUGAUGGUUGGGACCUUCAGAGACGCUGCAGUCUGGAUCCUGAUGGAAGCUCUGCAGACCCCAGAGACCGUCUGAGGUCCAGGUCCGGUUCAAAGAGACAGACGUUUGACUCAGAAGCUCCGACUGAUCCUGGAGUUCCUGGAGUUCACACUUUGUCCCAGGACCAGGACCAGGACCAGGACCAGGAGGACAUGGAGUCAGCAUCAGACCCUGAGGAGGUUUUAGGUUCUUCUGUCAGACGGAGGUUCAGCUGUGAUGGAGACACUCUGCUGCAGCAGGAACAGGACUCCUCGCAGCCUGUGAGCUCCUCAGCUGCCGUCAGGCUGAAGAAGAGGGAGAAGAACCGUCUGAAGAGUCAGAAGAGGAAGGAGAGGAGGAGACAAAGAUGGUUGCAGGUUCUGGAGGACCAGGCUGAAAACGGUUCACCGCUGGACUCUGAGGGGGCGGGGCACAGAGACGGCCUCACCUGUCCCGUGUGCCUGGACGUGUUCUUCAGCCCGUACGCCUGCCGGCCCUGCGGACACGUCUUCUGCGAGCCGUGUCUCCGGACGCUCGGCCAGAACCGUGUGACGGACACGCCCUGCCCGCUGUGCCGCGCCCUCAUCGCCAACACCAGCUUCCACAAAGAGCUCGACCAGACGGUAAAAUCUCUCUUCCCGAGACUCUACUCGAGCCGCAAACAGAGCUUCCAGAGCGCGUCGUGCUCUCGCUGGCCUCUGCCCAACGCCAAGAAACCCUUCGGUUGGUUUCAGGAGCACCGACGAGGCGGAGCGAGGUGGAGACGCUGGCACCUGGUCCACGGAGGGUUCACGCCGGGUGCUGUGUACCUGAACGAUCAGGGCUCGCUGACGGGCCUGGUUCUGAUCCACCCCUCCUCGGACUACUGGAUCCUGGGUCUGAAGAUCCUCUGUGUCCUUUUAAUACUGCUCUUUUCUUUUUGUUUAGGUUUUUGAGCUGCAAACAGACAAACUGAUGAGAUCUUGGGGAUAAAUUAAGUGAUCUGAACCUGGACCUGGACCUGGACCCUGCUGCACGAGGACUGGACUGUUUGGAUCCAMGUUUCUUAUUUCUGUAUAAAAAAAAAGAAACAAUGAUCUGAGAUUUUCUACUGUUUGGAUCUAUUAACAGACCAAAAUGUACAGAAAAUGACAGAAUUUGCACUAAUUCUUAAAGGUAAAUUAACUUAAACUGAGCUUUUAUUUUGAAAUGUGRWUUUAGAUUCAUAUUCUGCUACUCUUUCCUGUUUCCAGUUAAAUUUCUCCCUCAUAUUUUGUGCCGUUUGGUUAUAAAAUGUUCAUCUCAAUCUGUUUUUUAUCCUUUUUAGUGACAGUUUAGCUAAUUUUUGUUAUUUGCUAAGUUUUAGUAAAUGUUUGAUUUUACCUACAGUAUUGCUAAAUUUGGCUUUUA